AUGGAAGAAGCAAAAGAGAAGGGUGUGUUUAAUGAAGAGAAGGCUCGUUUGGUGGUUAAAGAGCUGAGAAAGAGCUUUGACUCAGGGAAGACAAGAAGCUACAAAUGGAGGAUUUCGCAGUUGGAAGCCAUGGCUAAGAUGAUUGAAGAAAGAGAGAAGGACAUCAUUGAAGCAGUAGAUAAGGACCUUUCUAAACCUCAACUUGAAGCAUACAUAGCUGAGGUUUCUCAGACAAAAUCCUCAUGCAGUGAAGCAAUUAAAGCACUGCAUCAGUGGAUGAAGCCUACAAAGGUGAAAACUGCGAUUACAACAUAUCCAUCAUCAGCAGAGAUUGUAUCAGAACCACUUGGAGUUGUGCUCAUCAUCUCAACAUGGAACUUCCCUUUCCUGUUAUCGCUGGAGCCGGUGAUCGGCGCAAUUGCGGCGGGGAACGCAGUGGUUCUGAAGCCAUCAGAGGUUGCUCCGGCAUCAUCAGCACUGCUGGCAGAUAUGCUGACAAAAUAUUUGGACAACUCUGCUGUCAGAGUUAUUGAAGGAGGUGCUCCUCAAACAACCGCACUAUUGGAGCAGAAAUGGGAUAAGAUACUCUACACAGGUAAUGCUAGAGUAGGACGAAUUGUGAUGGCUGCUGCUACAAAGCACCUUACCCCAGUGAUUCUGGAACUUGGUGGAAAGUGCCCUGCUCUUGUUGAUUCUAAUCUCAACUUGCAAGUUGCUGCUAGAAGAUUAAUAGCUGGAAAGUGGGCAUGCAACAAUGGACAAGCAUGCAUUUCUGUUGAUUAUAUCAUCACUCUUAAACAUUUUGCUCCAACCCUUAUAAAUGCUCUCAAGGAGGAAUUGGAGCAAUUUUUCGGAAAAGAUCCAAUGAAAUCCAAAGACAUGUCGCGGAUCGUGUCUUCGUCGCACUUUUCGCGGCUCUUGAAGCUUUUGAAUGAUAACAAGAUAUCUGAUAAAAUUGUUUUAGAAGGUCAGAAGGACGAGGAUCAAUUAAAGAUUGCUCCAACAAUCAUAUUGGAUGCACCAGAUGAUUCAUUGGUGAUGCAAGAGGAGAUAUUUGGGCCAAUAAUGCCAAUUAUCACUGUUGAUAAGAUAGAAGAUGGGUUUGGUAUAAUAAAAUCAAAACCAAAACCUCUUGCUGCAUAUCUCUUUACAAACAAUGAAGAGCUGAAGAAAAGUUUUGUGGAAAACAUUUCUUCAGGAGGGAUGCUCAUCAAUGACACUGUCUUACAAGUUGUAACUCCUGGUUUGCCAUUUGGAGGAGUUGGAGAGAGUGGAAUGGGUUGCUACCAUGGCAAAUUCUCCUUUGAUGAAUUCAGCCACAAAAAAGGUGUUCUCUAUAGAAGUUUCAAAGGUGAUUCAUCUAUGAGGUAUCCCCCAUAUACACCCAAAAAACAAAGCUUGAUGAAGGCCCUUAUCAAUGGCAAUAUCUUCCACAUGAUUCUUAUUUUGAUUGGAUGCUCUAAACUCUAG